AUUCCGGCGGGCGGCAGGUGUCCGGCCAUUGGAUGCGCCGCUCCGGCCCUCGGGAGCGGGCAUCGGGAAGAGCGGGGCGCAGCGCGGCGAGGUGCCAGCCAGUGCAGCCGUGCGUGGACUGCAGGUCCGGGGAGCAGAGCCGGCGGCCCGACCUGCUGACGCCGCCGCCCCGCGCUCGCGGCCCCCGCUGCGCCCGCGUGCCCCCGGGACGGCCGGCGAGGCGCUGACCGCGGGCCAGCGAGCGCCCGGGCUCUCCCCGGUCCUCCUCCCCUCGCGCCUCUGUCGCCCCCCUCCUUUCUCCCCUCGCUUCGUCGCCCUCCCCUGCCCUGCCCUCGCCCUCCCCCUCCCCCGCUCUCCCACGGUGCGGGCGGGUUCUCCGCCGCCGCCCCCGCCGCCGCGGCCGCCACUCCGCCCCCAGCGCGGCGCGGAGCCGCAGUAAUAACCCCGGCGCGGGCGGCGCAGUGACCGCGGGGCACCGUCCUGCGCGCCGGUCGGGCUGGUCCUCGGUGCCCGCUUGCACGGUCGCGCGGCUGGGCAGCAUCCCGCGGCCCCGGGCCCCUGCGAGCGCGCCUGGAUGGAGCCGUGCGUCCUCGCCGCGGGGGCGCAGCGCCGGCUGCGGGCGCAGGGCGCGCGGGGCAGCCCGGCCAUGCGGGCCCCCGGCUGCGCGGCGCUCUGCCUGCUGCUGCUGGCGCAGGAGGGUGUGCAGCAGGCACCUGCGUGCGCCGUGGGACCCGCAGCGGCCUCGCCGGGAAGCCCGAGCGUCCGGCGUCCUCCUGGCCCCGCGGAGUGGCCGGGCUGGGUGGAAAAGGGCGAGUAUGACCUGGUGUCUCCCUACGAGGUUGACCACAAUGGAGACUACGUGUCCCAUGAAAUCACGCACCCCCAGAGGAGGAAAAGGGCGCUGGCCCAGCUCGGAGCUGACUCUCUGCACCUUCGGCUGAAAGGCUUCAGGCACGACUUCCACCUGGAUCUGAAAACUUCCAGCAAGCUGGUGGCGCCUGGAUUUCUCGUACAGACUUUGGGAAAGGGGGGCACUAAGUCGGUGCAGACUUUCCCGCCUGAGGAUUUCUGUUUUUAUCAAGGCUCCUUACGAUCCCACAAAAAUUCCUCAGUGGCUCUUUCGACCUGCAAAGGUUUGUCAGGCAUGAUAAGAACCCAGGAAGCGGACUACUUCUUGAAGCCCCUCCCUUCACACCUGGCAGGGAGCCCCAAGGACUCUGCGGGGGGUGGGCCUCCCUCCCACAUCCUGUACAAAAGAUCCACCGAGCCUCGGGAUCCGGGGUCCCACCAGGUCGCGAUGAUGGAGAGAAAUUGGCGGCCGGAAAACCGCCAGCUCUUACACCACGAAGAUCAACCCCCGCGCGGUGGCUUCAGCCUCAGGCACCCACAGAAGCUGCAUUUCUGCGGAAGACGCAAGAAAUACAUGCCCAAGCCUCCCAAGGAAGACCUUUUCAUCUUGCCUGAUGAGUAUAAGCCAUGCAUAAGGCACAAGCGGUCCCUUCUGAAGUCCCAUAGGAACGAAGAACUGAACGUGGAGACAUUGGUGGUGGUUGACAAAAAGAUGAUGCAAAACCACGGCCAUGAAAACAUCACCACCUAUGUACUGACAAUACUCAAUAUGGUGUCUGCUUUAUUCAAAGAUGGAACAAUAGGAGGAAACAUCAACAUUGCCAUUGUAGGUCUGAUUCUUCUGGAAGAAGAACAGCCAGGGCUAGUGAUAAGCCAUCAUGCGGACCACACCUUGAGCAGCUUCUGCCAGUGGCAGUCUGGAUUGAUGGGGAAAGAUGGGACUCGCCAUGACCAUGCCAUCUUACUAACCGGCCUGGACAUAUGCUCCUGGAAGAAUGAGCCCUGUGAUACUCUGGGAUUUGCACCCAUAAGUGGAAUGUGUAGUAAAUAUCGCAGCUGUACGAUUAAUGAAGAUACAGGUCUUGGACUGGCUUUCACCAUCGCCCACGAGUCUGGACACAACUUUUCCCCUUCCUUCUGUAUCCCACUCAUUCAGAACUGCUCUCUGGGAAUCUAUACAGUGAUCAGCUUCGGCAUGGUCCAUGAUGGAGAAGGGAACGUGUGCAAAAAGUCUGAGGGCAACAUAAUGUCCCCUACGUUGGCAGGACGCAACGGGGUCUUCUCCUGGUCACCCUGCAGCCGCCAGUACCUGCACAAAUUUUUAAGCACUGCCCAAGCUACAUGCCUUGCUGAUCAGCCAAAGCCUGUGAAGGAAUACAAGUAUCCUGAGAAGCUGCCGGGAGAGUUAUACGAUGCAAACACACAGUGCAAGUGGCAAUUUGGAGAGAAAGCCAAGCUCUGCAUGCUGGAUUUUAAAAAGGAUAUCUGUAAAGCCCUGUGGUGCCACCGGAUUGGGAGGAAAUGUGAGACUAAAUUUAUGCCCGCGGCAGAAGGCACCACUUGUGGGCGUGACAGGUGGUGCCGCGGAGGGCAGUGUGUGAAAUAUGGUGACGAAGGCCCCAAGCCCACCCACGGCCACUGGUCAGACUGGUCUCCCUGGUCUCCUUGCUCCAGGACCUGCGGAGGAGGGGUGUCUCACAGGGAUCGGCUCUGCACAAACCCCAGACCAUCGAAUGGAGGGAAGUUUUGUGCGGGCUCCACGCGAACUCUGAAGCUUUGCAACAGUCAGAAAUGUCCCCAUAACAGUGUCGACUUCCGCGCCCUGCAGUGCGCCGAGUACAAUAGCAAACGGUUCCGAGGAUGGUACUACAAGUGGAAGCCGUACACCCACGUAGAAGAUCAGGACUUAUGCAAACUCUACUGUAUCGCAGAAGGAUUUGAUUUCUUCUUUUCUUUGUCAAAUAAAGUCAAAGAUGGGACUCCAUGCUCGGAGGAUAGCCGUAAUGUUUGUAUAGAUGGGAUAUGUGAGAGAGUGGGAUGUGACAAUGUGCUGGGAUCCGAUGCUGUGGAAGACUCCUGCGGCGUGUGCCGGGGAAGUAACUCCAGCUGCACAACGCACAAGGGCCUCUAUGCCAAGCAGCACCGUGCCAACCAGUAUUACCAGAUGGUCAUCAUUCCUUCUGGAGCCCGGAGUAUUCGCAUCUAUGAAAUGAAUGUAUCUACCUCCUACAUUUCUGUGCGAAAUGCACUCAAGAAAUACUACCUGAAUGGACACUGGACAGUGGACUGGCCCGGCCGGUACAAGUUUUCAGGAACUGCCUUCGACUACAGACGGUCCUACAGGGAGCCCGAGAGCUUAACCUCCCCUGGGCCAACCAACGAAACAUUGAUCGUGGAGCUUCUGUUUCAGGGAAGGAACCCGGGCGUUGCCUGGGAAUACUCUGUGCCACGGUUGGGGGGCGAGAAGAAGCUCAGCACGCAGCCCAGCUACACGUGGGCCACCAUCCGCUCCGAGUGCUCCGUCUCAUGUGGAGGGGGGCAGAUGACCACGAGAGCCGGCUGCUACAGAGACCUGAGGUUCCCGGUGAACGCAUCAUUCUGCAGCCCCGACGCCCGGCCUGUCACAGGGGUCGUGCCUUGCAAAGUGUCCGCCUGUCCCCCCAGGUGGUCCGUGGGGAACUGGAGCGCCUGCAGCCGGACGUGCAGUGGAGGCACCCAGAGCCGACCCGUCCAGUGCACGCGGCGGGCACACUACAAAUCGGAGCGGGUCUCCGCCAGCCUGUGUCCGCAGCCCGUGCCCUCCAGCCGACAGGCCUGCCAGCCUCAGAGCUGCCCGCCCGCGUGGACCGCCGGGCCCUGGGCGGAGUGCUCUCGAACCUGCGGGAAGGGGUGGAGGAAGAGGUCCGUGGCCUGUAAGAGUACCAACCCCUCUGCCAGGGCGCAGCUGCUGCCCGACGCUGUCUGCACCUCGGAGCCCAAGCCCAGGACUCACGAGGCCUGUCUGCUCAGGCGCUGCCACAAGCACAAGAAGCUGCAAUGGCUUGUGUCCGCCUGGUCCCAGUGCUCUGUUACGUGUGAGAGAGGAACACAGAAAAGAUUCUUCAAAUGUGCUGAGAAAUACAGUUCUGGGAAGUACCGUGAGCUGGCCUCGAAGAAGUGCUUGCACCUACCACAGCCCCACCUGGAGCUGGAACGCAUCUGCGCCCCAUUUCCCUGCCCUAAGCACCCCCUGUUCGUGGCUGCAGGCUCCCCACAGGCCGGCUGGUUUGCCUCGCCCUGGUCUCAGUGCACGGCCAGCUGUGGAGGCGGCAUGCAGACGAGGUCCGUGCAGUGCCUGGCGGGGCGGCGGCCGGCCACGGGCUGCUCCGCGCACCAGAAGCCCGCGGCCUCCCAGGCCUGCAACACCCGCUUCUGCCCCAUCGCACAGAAGAAAGACGCCUUCUGUGAGGACCGCUUCCGCUGGUGCACGCUGGUGCCCCAGCACGGGAUGUGCAGCCAUCACUUCUACGGCCGGCAGUGCUGCAAGAUGUGCUCCGCGUCCAACCUGUGAGCCGACAGGGCGCAGGAGGUACCUGUGUCCAGCACCGGCGAGCUGCGUGGUCUACACCGGGGCGCGUCCGAGGAAGAUGGAAGCUGGGAGAAGAAAAACCAUCCGGGGCUCUUAUAUACGAUUCCGUGCAUGCCUGUGUGUGUGUGUGUGUGUGUGAGCGCGUGAGCGUGUGUGUGACUCGUGCAUGUGAGCGCAUCCCCGGGCACAUGGACACGCUCUCGGGGAGGUGGGGAUCUGGAGUCAGGCCGCAGGGCGCACUGCGCAGCAGGGCACGUGCUCACCUAGAACUGCAGAGCUUUGUCAAGGAAGGCAGGCCAGGAAAUGAGGGAGAAGUACGGAACGCCUGCCUCUAAGCAUGCUGGCCCAGCUCCCACCUGGAGGUCCCUUCGGACAGCGGGAUCAGCUUUGGGCUGCGUCCCCAGGCCCAUCCUACCCCAAGAGCAGUUUCUCUGCACAGGGACCCGGGGCCUGGGCAGGGGAGCUGGUCUCCAUCCUGAUCGGGGACCUCGCCUCUGGAAACGGGGAAACGAGAUCCCUGCCAUGGUGCUUCUGUCCCUUUCGGACUCGUGUGCUGGAGGAGAGAAUCUUUUUAUUUUACGUUUUAUCUUUCUCAGUUAUUUACAAGUGAGUCUUCCUAUUUAAACCCAUUUCUUACUGCUUUUCUAUUUCAAGUGACAGAAUUACAGGCUGUAUCUGAAUUAGAGACUUACCAAUUACACCGGAUCUCCACCGUCCUACUGAGGACUGGUGGUGGGUCCACUUGGGCAGACGUCAAGCGAUGACCUUGGAGCCCUGUGUUUCGUUUCUGUAUUUUGCGGGGUUUUCAGAAAAAAUGCUUCCGUAAAUUUUGGUUGUUCUUGUAACACCCAUUCAGAAGGAAGGCCUAUUUCCUGGUGAAAAGCUGCACGGCGGGCCUCUGACAUCCUCCCGUCAGUAUCCGUGUGGCUUUUAAUCCUUUCUUGCGGUGCGAUCUCCAUUCCAAAUGACACCUGGAUAUUUAUAUUUGCUGAAGUUUUAUAAUAAAUUUUAUAUUGUGCGGUGUGCU